AGUAAAAUAUAUAUUUGAAUUAGCUUUUAGACUACAAAGAAUCUAUAGAUUUGAACUAAAAUAAAUUUAGAAAUAACCCGAAACAUAAACUUCUCUGUACCUCAGCCUUCGCCAAAAUUUACACCCACACCGUGUCUUGAGGGAAGGUCGUCAUCACCUAGAGGAACAGCCAAUUUCAUGGAAAUAAGGCAUGCACAUGGGCUUCACAAUUUAGAAUCAGAGAGGCAUCGUGAUCCAUUAAAAAGAAUUCAAUAUGCUGAUCCUGAACUCUCUCCUCUUGGUUGGCAACAGGUUCGUGAGCAACGGAAAGAUCUUUCUGCAAGUGGACUGCUGGAAAGAAUUGAACUAGUCGUAACUUCCCCUCUGACAAGGACAUUACAAACAUCAGUUGGAAUUUUUGGUAGUCCACUAAAGGACGAAAAUACAGUAGGGAAUGGCUAUCAGAAUGGGAUUAAGACACCCAUUUUCAAUCACCCACCGAUCAUAGCAUCCGAACUUUGUCGUGAACGUUUGAGCAAGGGUCGCAGUAGAGGAUCCAUCAGCCAGUGCCGGUCUCGAUUCCCUCAAGUUGAUUUUUCAUUGAUUGAACGUGAAGAUGACAUUUUAUGGGAAGCUGAUGAACGUGAAAGCAAUGAAUCAGUUGCUGCUAAGGGAAUCAAGUUUAUCAAAUGGUUAUUGGCACGUAAAGAAAAGGAGAUAGCAGUGGUCAGCCAUGGAGUUUUUUUGCAGCAAACAUUGAUCGCACUUAAAAAUGAGUUUGACUCCUCGAUACAAAAGGAGUUUCUUACUCCGUUUGGAAAUUGUGAAAUUCGAUCGCUGAAGUUUUUUAGAGAAAGUGUUGUGAGAUUGGGACAAGAUUACAAGAAAAACUAAUUACCACGGUGGAAAAUUCCCUUAUUGUAGACUUAAAAUCCAUAAAACUUCUGCCAAGGACAAUGUCUCAAUGGAUGAAGUGACCAAUUAAUAGUUAAAUCUCUGCCGUUGGUUUAUUCCUGAUCCAACACUGUUCCUUAGAUCUUAGGGAUGAGCUAGCUACUUUGUAAUAAAAUUAAUGUUUGAUGAUAUAUGUAUAUUGGUGAAUACACUAAUAAGUUUUAAUAUGUAGUUUGAAGCAGAUUGAGUCUUAGUUCAGUUGGUUUCGGUAUUAUUAUCAGUGUAAAAUAAUGUAAGUUUGAGCACACUAUAGUGCAUUUAUCUUUAUCCUCCUAUUUAAAAAUUUAAGAAAGAA